AAAGAGCAACACCGAUCAUCCCGGGCUGGAUUACAGUUCCCUGUCGGUCAUAUCCACCAUCUGUUGAGAAAGGAAAAAUAUGCAAAGCGAGUCAGAGCUUGUGCCCAAGUCUACUUAGCUAUUUCAAAUAAGCUACAUGAUCUAUUUUAG